AUGUUCUUCCCGGGCCUGCGUGGGCUUUCUCCGGGUACUCCGGUUUCCUCCCACGUUCCAAAAACAUGCAUGGCAGGCUGAUUGAACACAGUAAAUUGUCCCUAGGUGUGAGUGUGAGUGCGAAUGGUUGUUCGUCUCUGUGUGCCCUGCGAUUGGCUGGCAACCGGUUCAGGGUGUCCCCCGCCUACUGCCCGAAGAUGGCUGGGACAGGCUCCAGCACCCCGCGCGACCCUGGUGAGGAUUAAGCGGUUCGGAAAAUGGAUGGAUGGAUGGAUAUUUGACACCAUUUACAUUUUAUUAUAUAUAUAUAUAUUUUUUUGCACCAUUGAAUCGAGGGUGCCCUUUACUGAGAUGACAAGAACAUCCCAGGUUUAUGCAAAUGAGGUUUGUCAUUUGAGCAUGCAACAGACGGAGCCAUGUGACGACUAGCACACCAAACACAACCUUCGUUUCGUGUCACAACUCGCGUAGAAAAUCGAAAGAACCCUCACAAAAUGUUUGUUCCAAUGGAAUUGUAUCUAGUCUAAUGGAAUUCACUUUAUCAACCCUAAUAAUCCAGAAAUUAUUACAUUUUGGGGGGGUGGGGGGGUUGUCAGGCAGCUAGAAAAACGCUGCAACAAAGCCUGCAAAUAGCACACGCAUGGAGCAUGUUUACGCGUUUUCUAUAUGGGUAAAAUGUUAUGAUAAAUCUAUGUACAUUUGUAUGCUUCCAUUUUUUUAUUUAUUUUGGGGGGGGCAUACUGAAAACAGUACAAGAAAUGCAAUUUUUAAUGCUUCAAUGUAGCACCAAAAACUAUGCUCAAUAACAACACAUGGCACACAAAAACACCUUAAGUUAAUAAAAGAGGGUUUGGAAAAGGAAAAAAAAAACUCCCGGUAAAAUAAAUGCAGAUAGUGCUGACAAGAUCAAGAACGACGCAUUGACCAUAAAGAGUGGGACAUUGACACAAAUCACAUCUAUUUGGCUCUCGACACCACCAUGAUGAAUUUGAAAUGAAACCGCCAAGAUUUAAUUUGAAGAUCACCACAUCUAAAUCAGGUAAAUGAUGUAAGAAUGACAACAACCUCCGUGAGGGAAGUAAGCCAUCAAUCGUACAGCUAAAGUUCAGAGCAAGAAUUUGUUCUUUUUAGGUUUUACUACAAAGAGGCAACUUUGAAACUUGUGUGAGAGUUCAGAAAGUGUCUUGGACCUUGGACUUGAUAAAUCCAAAACACUUGUGUUACAAACGUGUUACGUUGUGUGUGGACAGUGUUUUACUCCUCCUCUUUGUUUGAUUUGGGGCAAGAGUCCAGCCCAGAAGCUUCAAAAACAGCAGAGGUGUAAGGAUCUCUUUAGGUCAAAAAGGACAGAAAGGAUACCACAGAGGAGCGUCUGCUUCAACAGCCAGAGAGGACCAUGUCCUCUCACCUGUUGUUGUGGACAUGUGCGGCCUUGCCAGGUUUGCUGUUGGCCUCCCAGGCCAGUCUCUUGGUCGAGCGGGAGGACGCAGGCACCAGGAUCUGUAAACCUGCCCCCUACUGGGAUAUCAAAGGAGAGGCGCCCAUGCAGGCCUUGCGAGGACGCUUGGUGGUGGUGGCACUGCUGAAGGCCAGCUGACAGUUUUGUCUCACUCAGGCCUCAAGAAUCCAAGGCCUGCGUGACAAGCUGAACCGCAGCAACCUGACCGAGGUUUCCUUCAUGAUCAUUAAUGAGCGAGACUCUCUGUCCAGAGCAAUGUACUGGGAGCUGAAAAGAAAAGCACCCGCUGAUGUUCCAGUUUACCAGCAGACUCCCUUUCAAAAUGACGUGUGGGAGGUGCUGGAGGGUGACAAAGAUGACUUCCUAAUCUAUGACAGGUGUGGUCUCCUCACAUUUCAUAUAGUGCUUCCGUACAGCUUCCUGCACUACCCUUAUGUCGAGGCUGCCAUCAGAGCCACCAAUUAUAAAAACAUCUGCAACUGCUCUGCUAAUUUUACAACAGUGAAUGACAUCGUCACAAAGAAUGACACACUGCCAUCUGACGUCAACCACACCACAGCCUCAUCCAAAUAUCAUGCAAACACAGAGCACGCUGAAAUGACAGUAACGACACCGAAAACAAUACACACAGACCGCCAUCAUCAUCUUCCUCAUGGUCACCAGAAUCGGUCACAUCCUCAGCAGGACGACAAUACAACUGGAAGCCUCAGUCAUCUUCAUCAGCAUCACGGUCACUCUGAGCCCUCCAACCGUAGCCUUCAUACUGUCAAUGAUCAUUAGAAAAACAGUUUAGUCCACAUUUGUUUUGGUUGGGUUGAUGUCAGGGAAAUUGAAUCCGCUCGGCGGAUGUGAAGCAUUAGACAUAUCGUGCUGCCUCUGCUCGCAUCUUCUCCCAGUGUGUGGAAACAAUUGCUUCCGUUGCUCGUUGUGUGCUCCUGUUUAUGAAGUCUACAGUCUGGAACCUGGCUACAGGAAGCUGGAGAUGGAUGUGUGAGGAGAGACGCUUUGGAAUGGCAGCUGCUGUUUCCCAGACAGAACCAGAGAAUGCAGAGCAUUGAGGCUGAGCACAACUCUGUUUAUUGUUUCCUUGUCAUGUGAUGCAUCAAUUAGUAAUUAUGUACAAAGUACUGCUGACGUGUAAACUCACAACACACAAACACGCAAACUUUUGUUGUUUUUGGUGUCCUUUAAAUGUACUGCAAUUAGUUUCAUUGGGGUUGCAAUACAAAUUCUGAAUGGAACUUGGGAGACCAGAGGAAAGGGUUAUCAUUUAUAUGAGGCUUGUAAAGGAAUGUGGGUUUAUUUGCAACGUUUUUGCAAGAUCGGACCUUUCUUUUUGACUUUCUGUUAUCGGAAGUUAAAAAAAAAAGUUUUACUUUAAAGGAAUACGGAAAUGGAUAAUGGCUUAUUAGACGGUGACUUAGUAGUGCAUAACGAGAUGAUUCUAAAACAGAUUCACAGACGACAAAAUAGAUACCGGUAGUUUAAAGACACUUGGCACUGUUGAAAGUGACAAUACGGUGAAUAUUUGCGUUUAUCGAUGUAUAGGUUUGUUUUUUAUUAGAAUAUGUGCUUAAUUAAUCGUGUUUUAAAUGGGCGGAGAUAAGGGUGACUUAUGGAAUCAAGUUUUAUUGGUCAGCUUUCAUCAUCAUCAUAAUAAUAAUGGCAGCUGUACUAACGUCAUGUGAAUCAUAUUUCCGAAUGUCCACACUUUUUCCACUCACGAUUAAGGGGUCACUCCAUUUUGCAGUGGUGUCCGAAUGUCCGAGAGAAAAAAAUUUAAUGCACUCAAAAUUACCAACAACAUAUUUGGAAAAGUCGUGGGUGAGCAUCAAGGGUCACGUGUCAAGUUCAUGUAGAUAGAACACAAUGCAUUGCGAACAGGAAAACAAAAUGGCGCAUAUGACUGACCGUGCUGGUAAAUAUCAAAGCAAUACAGUGACCAUUUAUUUAUAAUAAAUCAGUAAUAAAUGAGUUUCUUUUUUUAAUUGAAAAUACUUUACAACAAAGGAAAUAAAAUACACUUAAAAUUUGAGCUGUGAGCAGAAGGACCCCACACAGCCCGGGCCAAUUUCUGGUACUGGCAUUUUGGAAUAGGAAAUAUUAGAAAAUGUGGGGUUUGUUUUGUUUUGGGUUUUUUUUUUAUGAGUGUGUGCACGAAUAGACCUUCAAAAACAACUUUGCUUUCUUGUCCAACAGCGUGUCGCAGCGGCAGUAGCGGUACACGAUACAUCACAAAUGUCAGGUUUCAACAUCCUGAAAGCCUUAACACUCUUUUGAGAAAAUAUCAGUUGAAAGCCGACGAGCUCGACCUGUCGCUAGGAGGCAAUGUGUCAAGAUUAUUGUUGCAAAACAGGAUAUGCUUCAAUGAGAAGUUGGAUUCCCACAGUACGGAUGCAGACGUUGGAAAUGGAACAUGAGUUUGACUGUCGCUAGACCUAAAGAGGAAAGAAAAAUCACAGCAAUCGCCACCUGAAUGGAGGGUUUUAAGGAGCUCACCGUUUGGCAAAGAGCCUCGAUAUAUUACCAGGAAAUUCUGGACAAUGGAG